AUGGCGAUAGUACUUUUCCCUCUUGAGGUUCUCGAGUAUAUUGCUGAAUAUGCGAUGCCAGAAGACUUCGAAAGCUUUUCUAUGACCUGCAAGUCAUUUUAUGCUGCUGGUGGGAAAUUUCGCGAGAAGCACAAUCUUCUGAAGAAGCGAUACCGACACUUCAAAUACGACGAACGGCAAUUCCCCUGGUACAAAGACGUCGAGGCUUAUGCAACCCGUAAAAAGGGUGACAUCUUAUGUAUUUCACCUCAACAACUCCUUCUACAAAUCUGCGAAGAGCCAUUGAUUGCACGUUAUAUUAUCACGGCCGAUUUCAACCUACGAGAUGAAUUUCGAGGGAAGGACCGGUCAUUUGUACUGGAGCAGCUCGAAUCAUCGUCUUUUCUGCCUGAAUUAAUGCAAAGUUUGCCCUGGGUUAAAGCUGGUCAAGCUGGUCUCUUCGACGUCAAGGACUGUUUGAUACAGGAGUACCAAUAUGGGGACAAUUUCGACCAAGGAUUAAGGCAAAGCUACGUCUUGGCGACCACUAUUCUCCUCACUUUACUCCCGAAUGUGAUUGAGCUGGUUAUCAAUGCGCGAGAUCAUACUUUAUUCUACCACGACUUUGACUCCGAGUAUGGUCCUCGAAUUCUCACCAUUACGUGGGAACUCUUAUGGUCGAUCGUGCAUACGGCCAACAGGGACAACAGCCUCGCCGCAAGUCUCUGCAAACUGGAUUCUUUGACUUUGGACACACAUAGAUACGACGGUCUUCUUGGUUUCUUAGAAGCCACGCCACUCUUGUACAUGGAGCGACUAAAGAGUUUCCAUAUGGCAAACAUUACGACAUCAGUUCAUGAGUAUAUGUCAAACGCAUGGAAAGAUUACGAAAUGCCUGCAACUGCAAACUUCGGUACUAAUCUUCAGGCAGCUACCUUCCACAGGAUCCGUUGUAGCGAUUCUGAACUCGGCGAAUUCUUGUCCAAACUGCCUCAACUGUGGAAACUCGAAUUGCUCGAUCUAGGCUACCUACAUGAGCAUGACUAUAGGGGCCCUAUUUGUCAAGACUAUAUAUAUGUCAGCUAUUGAGAAAUCGGCUAGAGAAAAGCUUGAAGAGGUUUCUCUGGUGUUCGGAAUUGCCAUCUCUUCUCGGAAUGGAGAAAGAGGCAUCAUGUCCUUCACAUCAUUCCAGAAAUUGAAAUCAUUAACACUAAGCUUUGAUGUAUUCUUCAUUCCGUGGAAAGGUGGUAUCUGGCUUCAGCACGAUUUCUAUGAAUUUUCAGAUGAGAGCGAGAAAGAAUUGGAUAUCAGUCUCAUUAACACGGAAGUUACCAGACCCACAUCUGCUGAGGGUCCUGAUCAGGGAUAUACGUUGACUGCAAUUCUCGAGAAUCAGGAACUAGAAUCUGUUACAAAGUCGCACUUGCUCAGCGGCCGUUUACCUCCAACAAUUGAAAAUGUCACCAUUCGUGUCAACGGUCUUUUAAUCUGCGCCGAGGCAUUGAAGUGCUUUCUUACGGACAUGGAUCAAGACAAGAACGAACAGCUGCCAAGGCUGAAUAGCAUCACGUUACAGAACGAAGAUACUAAUGGGAUGUUACCGUCGAUGCUGGAGAGUAUGACAAAGGAGCAGCGGGAGGCUUUAACCUGGUUAUCUUCUUGUGAUAGGAUCAGGUGGACAGACGAGAUGGGCGGGGAUGUGAGCACUACUCUUGAAGAUAUCUUGAUGGCUCAAAAUUCAUCCAAUUAUGAGCUCGGUGAGACGUCAUCUUGGUUCUAA